UCCUCACCACUAUCUGACACGCUGCUCCCCUCUAUAUGGCGUAAACUCGAUAGCUGAUAGUGCAAGCAAAGCAAAGCAAGCACCCCCCCACUUUUUUUUUUUUUUUUGGGUCUCUAGCUAAUCUGAAUCUCCCUCUCCUAAAACCUAACUGUGCAUUCCUCUUUGUCUGUUAAAAUCUGCUUUUUUGUCUCUCCCACACCACCUCUAUAAGCAGCUCCUGUUUAGUGCUUCACCACCAAAACUCUUUCUCUCUCUCUCUCUCUCUCCUUCAUCUUCUACUUCCUUCUAUUACUUACUCUAAUUCUACUCUCUUAACCAAAUCAUAUUUUCUCUUUUCUUCUAACCAACCAUGUCUGCAGCAUAAGGUUUUUCAUGUCAGUUUGCUCUAUCUUCUUCUUCAUCUCCAAUUGAGUUUAAAGAAAAGGAAGCUAUAGCUACAAGGGUUUGUUUGUAGCUGUUUUCAACAUUGAUUAUGAAUAUGAUCUUCUCGCUAGCUGAGACAUAGAGACUGUUAGUAGUUUCUCUCUCUCUGUCUCCUUUUGAAGAGAUAGAAAUUAGAAAACACCCAGAGUGGGAAAGUGUCUUGUUUGCUUAAAAAGUUGUCUUCUCAUGAUCAUAUCCCGUGUGCCCUACUUCUGAGUCUGUGCUUUAGUUUGUUGCUUUCUUCUCUUAAUUCACCUGAAGAUAAUGAGCUGGGUGGUAGCUAGUGCUCAACACCAUUAACUCUUAACCUUUGAUUUUGUUGCUAGUUACCUCAUCAUAAUUAACAAACAACGUUCUCAUUUGUUCCUAGCUAGCAACUAGCAAGCGGAGAAACUUUGCAAUCAUUUUGAUUAGACUCUUUGUUUCUUUUUUGGUAAUUAAGUCUCCAAAGCUAGCUAGGAAGGAAUGGAACUUUCGAGUCAAGAAGGAGAAAUCCCAAUCCCAAUAAACAGCAGUACUACAUAUGGACAUGGUAAUGGACAUGGACAUGGUCAUGGACACGGACUCAUGAUUCACCAUGACCAUAACCACAUUAUAUCCUCCUCGGCACCUUCAAACGGCAUACCAACUACUAUGCAGCAGCAGGAGGAGGAGGAGGAGGAGGAGGAUCGCUACAAGAAAGUGGUUAGGUACAGAGAAUGCCUGAAGAACCAUGCAGCAGCCAUGGGAGGGAAUGCAACUGAUGGGUGCGGUGAGUUCAUGCCAAGUGGAAAAGAAGGGAGCAUAGAGGCACUGAACUGCUCUGCCUGCCAUUGCCACAGAAACUUCCACAGAAAGGAAGUGGAGGGUGAGCCUCAGCAUCAUCUCAACAUCAACAGAAGAAGACUCAUUCUGGGCCCUCAUCCUGAGGCUCUUGGCUACCCUACAGCUGCAGCCAGAAGUGUCCCACCACACCAGAUGAUAAUGCCCUACAACAUUGGAAUUGGACACCACCUCCCUUCAGAAUCCGAUGAACAAGAAGAUGCUGCUGCUGGCGCUGGAAUGGUGCAGCUCAGUAGCCGACCCAGCUCUGCCCAGCUGGUCAAGAAAAGAUUCAGGACCAAGUUCAGCCAGGACCAGAAGGACAAAAUGCUCAACUUUGCUGAGAAGGUUGGCUGGAAAAUCCAGAAGCAAGAGGAGUCUGUGGUGCAACACUUCUGCCAAGAGAUUGGGGUCAAGAGAAGAGUGCUCAAGGUUUGGAUGCAUAACAAUAAGCACAAUCUCGCCAAAAAGAUCAACCCCCCUACUACUACUGCACCACCACCACCACCACCACCACCUCCUUAAUUAAUUAUCCCUUUAAUUUAAUUUCAGCUUUAUAAACUCCAUCCCGGCCCCCCCUCUACGCACGUACGUAUCUUUAAUUAUUAGCCUAGCCGCAAGUGUUUGUUCCCUUUCUUCAUCAAUUCCACUAUUGUAUCUCUCUAAUCAUCUUCAUCUCUUGCCACUGUUUGAGUUGAGACCAUAAAAAAUAAACCCACCAUUUAGCAGCUAGUUACCCAAUAUAUAUUCAUAUAUAUGUGAUCAUGUGCUCUAGUUUAGGAAAAUUACAUUUGCAUUGCGUCAAGUUUUAGUAGUUUCUGAGUGGUGUUUAAUUCUCUCAUCAACCUAGCUAGCAUUCAAGUGAUGAGGACAUGGAAUCUAUGCAAUGAAUAGACUCUCAGGUACGAUAUAUGUAUGUAAUGUAUUAAUAGAAUUACAUAGGGCUUUUCUGUGCUA